AUGUAUGGGGGUUUCAAUGGGAUGCAAGAUCUCAACGUCCAGAAAGCGAACCAAGCAUGCGUAUCCUGCCGAAAGCAAAAGCGGAAAUGCAGCAAGACGCUCCCAGCGUGCGCGUUGUGCGAACGGAUGAAUCGCCAUUGCGAUUACUCAGAUGCGACGCCCCCGCCAACUGCUGAGGACUUCAACGCCUUGCGCAUGAAGCUCAUGGAACUCGAGUCAAGGCUGAAUGGGGGUAAUGGUAUAAUUACUUCCCAGACAAAUUUCAGUACUCCUUCCGGUGGCACGCUGUCUGGCUCGGAACCCCUUGGUCCUCCUAUACCUGGCUAUACCCCACAACAUGAGAGUCCCUGGCAAGGUGUACAGAGCCGAUUUCCUGCGAUUGCUUUCCUUGAUAGUCAUGAAUUCAAAUACGGCGGGUACGUUCAAAAUACAAUGAUCGCUGUACCAAAGCCUUCCAUAGAGAUCCCUGUAGACGUUCUUGAGCUCCUAGGAGAUGGCCCAUCUAUACAAGCUUUACUCAAUGAUUAUUUUACUACCAUCCACAAGUGGAUGCCCAUCGUUUCUCAGAAACGGCUGACUAGAAAUAUGGCUAGUCCUCUGUGGGAAGCUGGCCCAGACCUUGCUCUCCUUCUCCUCUCCAUGAAGCUCAUCACAUCAAGGCCCCAAGAUGGGAUCGAAAGUUCACAUAACCCUGCCUAUGUGUCCGCCAAAGGUUUCCUUGCUCUCAUGGAAGCGACUGGUACCGUCUCAUUAAUUAUACUCCAAGCUGGUCUUCUCAUAACUUGGUUUGAGUAUGGGCAAGCAAUAUACCCAGCCGCUUGGAUGUCUGCUGGGUGGUGUGUGAGGUACGGUAAUCUCUUAGGUAUUAAUAACCAUAGUGAGGCUACACAACUGAUCGGCCAUGCGUCCACAUGGGUCGAACAAGAAGAGAGGAGACGAACGUGGUGGGGUGUCCUCGUUACUGAUAGAAUCGUAUCAAUUGGGAGUCAGGGGCAUAUCUUAACUACCCAGGAGCCAAAGGAAGAUAGCCCUCUACCAGUAAAUGACGAUGCAUGGGAUGAUGGAGAGAUGUCAAGUGCUAUGUACAAGCUUGUGUCCAGUCCCAUUGAUGAACCAGCUGGUCCGUUCCCACGCCUUUGCCAAGCAUCUAUCAUGAUGGGCAAGGUUCUAAAACACUUAUACGGCGAGGAGACCGCCUCGGAGAAUGCGCGCUUCGCUGCCUCCCAACUGUACUUGGACAUCUCGAUCCUCUCACGGAAGAUCCUCGAAGAAGCCACAACCUCCGGGAACUACCUCUCCCUGAGUAGCCCCCUCGCGCUCACCUUCAGCACCCUCUUCACGCUCUGCAAAGUCUACUCCCGCCUGAAGGCCAGCGAUGCUGCACCCAGCGGCAGCCCCAGCGCUGAGAGCCUCGCCAUGCAAGCGCAGGCCGUCGACGGGCUCAAGACCGUCUCCCGCAGCGUCGUCGACUUCGUCGAGCAGAUCAACGCCGCUACGUCGUCGCCGCCGGCUCGCGACCGCGUCAGCCCCAUCAUCAUGGACGCCCUGUACAAGGCGGCCAACAACUACGCCUGGCUGGUGCGCGAGAGCGGCGACGAGGCCUCGCAGAUGGCCCUGGAGUCCAUCCGUCACUGUCUGCGCCGGCUCGGCGCGCGCUGGCGCAACGCCGCGGAAUACCUGCGUAUCCUGGAGGCGCAGGAAUUCACCUACGCUGUCGGGAGCGCUGGCUCUUGA